CACAUUCUAUAUAUAUCAAGUAAAUAAAAAAAAAUCUCAGCAUGGUCCUCCGAACCACAACCAUCCUUACACUUAUCAGCCUAAUUUUGGUUAUUUCAACCACCUCAGCACGCCCUGAUCCAGUCCGAGACAAUGACGGUGUCCCAUUAAUAAAAGGUGCGCGUUACUAUGUCCUCCCUCCGAAUUUCGUCUCAAUCGCCGAACGCGACCGAGGCGGGUUAGCCCCAAUUUCUCGGCCAUCCCAAACGCCCUGCCCUACCUACGUUGCCCAAUAUUCAGAUUUAUGGACAUUAGGUUGGCCCGUAACUUUCUUUCCUGCAGACCCGUCUCAGAAACAAAUAACCGAAGAUACUGACCUCAAUAUCUCCUUUGGUCCGGACCCAAUAUGCAAAAACAUAGGGGUAUGGCAAGUUAAUUAUGAACGAAUUUUUGGACCCUACACGGCUUUAAUUAACACAAAUGGAGUUAUAGGAAAUCCAGGACCAGAAACUUAUAAUAAUUGGUUCCAGAUUAAGAAAGCUAAUGUAACAUUAGAUUCCUUCAGCUACAAGAUAGUGUACUGUUAUGAAGGUCCUCCUGGGACAAGACAUUGUGAUGAGGUAGUUCCAAGUAUACCUGGAAAUAAUGGUAUGAAGUAUUUAAGUCUUCUACCUAUUAAUUACAACAAACCCUUUUCUGGGUUUGAAUUCUUUUAUGUUGAAGAUGAGGUUACAUCUGUUUGAUGAGCUUGCUAGUUGGCUUACUUUGUUAAAAUAAUGUAUGUACUUGAGAUGAUAUUCUCUUCAAGUUAAUAAAGUUUUCAAUUAUUUAUUUGCAUGUUUUGUAUGAGAUCAUCUGAUCUAAUUAUGAUUAAAUCUAUA